AGCGCGAAAGUUUAGGCUCCUUCACCAAAAAUGAGCGACGGUGUCGAGGAGCCGCAAUGGAGAAAAGUGCAUUCGGUUACCGGAGUGACUCCGCGGUCCAGACACGGACACCGAGCGGCUGCAAUCCGCGAACUCAUCAUUGUUUUCGGCGGCGGAAACGAAGGGAUAGCGGAGGACCUCCAUGUUUACAACACCGUUUCGAGGCAGUGGUUUCUCCCAGCGGUGAGGGGCGACAUCCCACCAGGCUGUGCUGCUCACGGCUUCGUCUGCGACGGCACUCGGAUCCUGGUCUUCGGCGGCAUGGUGGAGUACGGGAAAUACACCAACAGCCUCUACGAGCUUCAGGCCAGUCGGUGGCUGUGGAAGAAGCUGAAGCCGAGAGCGCCUAGAACCGGCUCGUCUCCCUGCCCGCGGAUCGGCCACAGCUUCACUCUCCUGGGCAACAAGUGUUACCUGUUUGGGGGGUUGGCCAACGACAGCGAGGACCCCCACGGUAAUGUACCAAGGUACUUGGGGGAUCUGUAUGAGCUGGAGCUGCAGGCAUCGACGGGCGUGCGAGGCUGGAACGUCCCAGAGACGAAAGGAGCCGGUCCCUGUGCACGAGAGUCCCACGCCGCUGUGGCCCACGCCGGUCUCGGCUCCUCAAAGCUUUUCAUCUUUGGAGGGAUGGAAGGAUGUCGGCUGAACGACUUCUGGCAGCUGGAUCUCAGCUCAAUGGUUUGGUCAUCCCCUGCAACGAGAGGCCCCGCCCCUCUUCCCAGAAGUCUUCACUCUGCCAGCCUCAUUGGAAACAAGAUGUACGUUUUCGGCGGCUGGGUUCCCGUUCCAGAGUCGGAGAAACACAAUUCAUCCGAAACUGAAUGGAUGUGCACGAACUCCCUAAAUGUACUGAACCUGGACACCAUGUGUUGGCAGAGGCCCGGCCCGGAGCAGCAGGACGAUCUGGAGGUCCAGCUGCAGAUCCAGGCCCCUCAGAGCGACGACCUGCACGCCAGCUGGCCCAGAGCCAGGGCUGGACACUGCGCCACCAACGUCGGCUCCAGGCUUUACGUUUGGAGCGGCCGAGAUGGAUUCCGCAAGAACUGGAACUACCAGGUCUGCUGCAAAGACCUCUGGUACCUGGAGACAGAGCGACCUGCUACUCCAGAGGCCGUGCUGCUCAUCAAAUCCACCGUCAGCAUGCUUCACGUGGCGUGGCGCCCCCUGUCUGCUGCCGACUGCUACAUCCUUCAGAUCCAGCCGGUGUUUCCGCCGAGGUCCAAACCUGUGGAGCCAACAGGACCAGAUGGACGGAGCAGGAACAAUGAACAUCCUGCAGGUGUCCCGUCGCUCCACCCUCAACACCAAGGAACGGCUAGUCAGGAAGAGAAAACGUCAGCUCGGGAGACGUCGGAGCAGCAGAGAAAAGCUGUGAAAUCUUCAAACGGCUCAAAUGAAACCAGAGCGGACGGAACCGGUGCCGGCACGGAUCCGGUCGACUGUGGAGCGGUUUGGUUUGAUGUGGGCGUGUUUAAAAGUCUGUACUGUGAGGUCACCGAGUACUUCCUGCCUGCCGACAGCAGCCAGGUGACGUCGGCUGUCAGAUCCCCCAACACCAAACAGAGGAGGCUGCCCGGACCUCAGGACUACCAGGGCAGGGAGAAGCAGGUGCUGGUUCCGGGUCAGACGUACCGGUUCAGAGUAGUGGGUCUGAACUGCUUCGGUCAGGGAGACUUCAGCCCCGUCAGCGACUUCAAAACCUGCCAACCCGGCUUCCCCGGAGCGCCCUCUGCCGUCAAGAUUUCAAAGGUCAACGAUUCGGUCCAGAUCAACUGGAACCCUCCGUCGUCGCCUUCGGGCCGGAUCCUGGAGUACUCGAUGUACCUGGCAGUGAGGAAGAACCGCUCCACCGGCUCGGAGCGGCCGGGGCAGAUGGCCUUCAUCAGGAUAUACCGCGGCACCAAGACGUCCUGCUUGGUUGGCUCCGCCCAUCUGGUUAACGCCCACAUCGACAGCUCCUUGUCCUGCCGCCCGGCCGUUGUCUUCCGCAUCGCCGCCAAGAACGAGCAGGGCUAUGGCCCGGCAACGCAGAUCCGCUGGAUCCAAGAUCCUGUUAAACUUCGAGCGUCUGGGUUUAAAACCGACGGCGGCGCCGAGGCCGAGCGGGACGCCGCCGACAGCUCCAGCUGA